GAUACACAGGGCACAACUUGUUUUGUUCUUCACUUCCUGUCACGAAAAACACAUGCAAGUUGACAUUUUCGUACAUUCAGGUGCCCAUUGCCAAAUAAUCUCGCCAGUCUGCAAAGGAAGAAGAAUACGACCAUAAAUAGUUAACUGCUGAGAUUACUGAAUAUGUCUGACGGGUCAUUGGAUCCUAAAGAGUCUGGGGAAAAUUUGUCGUCUGCUUCGAGUCAAGUGACGGAAUCCCAGCCUGACGUCGGCCCAACUAGUCCAAGUCACACGGCGAAACAGAAAGUGGAUGUUCUCCUUAAGCCAGCUGGGGAUGCUCCAAUUAUGAGGAAGAAAAAGUGGGCUGUGGAGAGAACCAAACAGAUAGGAUGGGUCUCAGAGUUUAUAAAAAAGUAUAUCAAAAGUGACCCAUCAGAGAGUCUGUUUUUAUAUGUAAAUCAGUCAUUCUGCCCAUCACCAGACUCAGAAGUUGGAACUGUUUAUGAUUGUUUUGGAAGUGACGGAAAGCUUGUUCUCCAUUACUGUAAAACACAAGCAUGGGGAUGAAGAUGAAGUUAGAAGAAACAUGAAGCAUACGUAUAUCUUGGAAUGAAACUGUAUAUACACUAAAUAUUAUUGUACACGUAUAUAUGAUAUGUAUAAUGAAGCAUAGCUGUGUCAGAGGGAGAGUAUUGGUCAUAUUUAUUUGUGUAAAAUCAUAUAUCUAGUGGCAGAAUUGAGCUUUCAUCCUUUUAUCUUGUCCAGCUCAUCAAGAUUGUGUCUUAAUGGUAUGUUUAUCCUCUCCUUGGGAACUUCUGCCAGUAGCCAGAGGAUGGUAGUGGGUUUCUUCCUGGUUUUUUUCCUCCCACCAUCAUGCUGGCCGGUGUUGUAUAAAUGAAAUAUUCCUGAGUACAGCAUAUACACCAAUCAGGUAAAUGAAUAAAUAAUGACAUGUUGGUGAAUCAAGAAAGGUGAACUUAAACACAUGUAAGUCCCAGAUAGGUAUUGGUCAUAACUGGCUCUUUUCUCCUGCCUAAAUACUCUGUGCUGAUGCUCAUGCAGUAAGCCAACUUUCUCAGAGCUUGGCAAAUCUUUUCUUUCACAAUUAUUUAAAAAAAUAAUGAUGUCUAGGAUAUAAUGCCUCAAGAACUACGAGAAAAGUUCAAGACCAUGGGCUGCAUACAUUCUGUUAAAAGAAUUACACCACCUACCAUCCGUACCCUAGAUGACAUAAAGUUUCGUCCACAAAACUCCAUUUAUAGAGGCAAAUAAAUGUCACAUAUUAUUUUUGGUGCUGAAACUUUUCCAGGAGAGUAUCAUCUCAUGCUCAAAGCAAACCUCAAAACACCUUUCUAAAAUGUUUAGAGCUCUCAGAAUGAGGAAAAAUUGGCAAAUUAUUGCCGAAAUUGAUAGUCAUUAUGGGUAUUAGUUAAUGUAGCAACUCGCAGCCUUCACAUGCCCAUUGAAACUGUUGUGUGUUCAAAUCCAGCUCUUGGUGUUUUGGCUUCGGCUUUGAGUCAUUGGCUUCGUCAGGUACCGGACAAAGGUCGGUGGUUUAUACUGGACAACCCAGUCUCCUCCACCUAUGAAACUGAUUGCUGUCUACAGUCACACAAGUGAAAAAUUAUUGUCAAGCAUUUAAACACCAACCAGUCAAUCAAUACUUAAUGUCACAUCAACUUGUAGUUAAGGUAUUCUCAGAUAAAGCAAGAUCACAAUGCUGUCAUCAGUCGUCAGCUGUAGUGCAUAUGUGAGCAGAAUAGCCCAUUGCUGGCAGAAAGUCCUCGCCAAUUUUAGGGAGGCUUGUAUUGUAAUGUUUCCUACUAACCCCCCCACCCCCACUUCUUCCCCUAGCUAGCACUAGAAUCACAACAGGAAUGUAAUCUUAGGCAACCAACUUGAGUGCAGUAAUUCCUUGUUAUUCUUGUAAUGACAAAUUCAGAAAUAAAAAAAGAAAUAUAUGGAUUAUGUACAGAAAGCAAAUUAGCUUGUGUAGUUCUGAAUUUCUAUCAAUUCAUAGCAUUUAUACUAGCUACUAUUUGUCCGUGAAUGUCAGUGGAAAGGUCUCUUCCAAAGGAUUGCCAUGAGCUGGCAUGGGGAUUUCCCUGUUACCUGAACAGAUCUCUUUCUCAUACUGAACUCCUGAGGAAUGUGAAUGUUCCUCUGUGCCUGUUACCGGUAUAAAAGUGUUCUUGUUUUGUAUGUAUGAUUGAAUUUAAAUACACGUAAGUAAAUACUGAUACCGCUUUCUUCUGGUUGUUUUCAUAACAAGAUACUCAGACUUAACAGUUGGCAUCAUUGUUUGGUUCAGGUUUGUGUCUGGGAUUUUCACUCCAUUUGGAGUGAUUUUCUUCUAGUUCAGAAUCAGCCCAGUUUUUUCAUUUUCCCAUGAACAUGAUUACUGUCAUGAAAGUAAAAUUUCUUUGAAGAGUGUGGAAAACACUUGUCAGUGGCAAAAGUGUGUUACGAGGUGCA